AUGGGUGGAAUCGGUGCAGUGGCAGAACCUCUUGUAGUUAUCGUGCUUCUGUUCGGAGGUACUUGGAUCAAUCGAGACUUCAAUCCUGGCCGGAGCAGGAGACCUACGCAUCUGAGGAGGAUCUCGGAUGAUGUAGAGUCUGGAUUUGGGCUGGUUCGGUCGUCCAGGGAGACUUUUGGUGUUCAGGAUGAAGAGGGAGAUCACAGGUCCAGUUCUCCUUCACUUCUACCCACUCAGGAGCCGAAAUAUCGAACAAGAACAGUCAAUGUUCUAGGACGGAGAAAGGAAGUUACAACCCCAAAUACGCGCCGCUUCAAGGGGUAUUUCUUAAGUCGUCUGCUUGAGAGAUUUCCAUUUCUGGUUGAGUGUUGGUACUGGGCUUUGAUAUAUUGGGUAUAUCAACUUGGUCGAGCAGCUACGGCAGUAUGGAUCGUCGAGGGUACUGUGUUCGCUGCUCGGAAACACGCUUUGCAAGUCAUCGCCGCCGAGGAGAAGUUACGUAUUUUCUUUGAACUUCCGAUUCAGGAAUUCUUCAUGCGGAAUGAAUUCAUGAUGACUUGGAUCAAUCGGAUAUACUCAUUCAUACAUAUCCCUGGAUCCAUUGCCUUUCUUGUUUGGCUAUUCUACUACACCAAUACCAAGAAUCGGAUUGAUGAAAGGCCGAAAACUACGAUUCUUACACAGACAGGAGGAACACCUGCUGGGCCGAGGCUGUAUGAGGCCAGACGACGUACCAUGGCACUGUGUAAUUUGUUAGCAUUUAUUUUGUUCACUGUUUGGCCAUGUAUGCCACCGCGUCUCCUGAGUGCAGAUACCACACCUGAUGCAGCUGGCAAACUGGCAAGAAGUUACGGUUUUGUUGACACAGUCCACGGACCUGGAGGAGAAGGUUCAAUCUGGACCGAUAAUCGCUUUACAAACAAGUUCGCAGCUAUGCCAUCUCUCCACUUUGGAUAUUCUCUUCUCAUCGGCGUCACAAUCAUGACCAUUCCUCUGGAUGACACGCCAUCUACCUCAUCGACGCUUCCACAUCUUACAAAAGCUCAUCCAAACUUCAUUCGGACUGUUAGAAUUCCGUCUUGGCAACGGUUGGGUUGUAUCCUUCUCGGUAAUCUUUACCCGGCUCUCAUUCUCGUGGCAAUUAUUGCCACAGCCAAUCACUUCAUCCUGGAUGCUGUUGCUGGCGCUGUGGUGUGUGGUGUGGCAUGGUGGGGGAAUGAAAUUCUCUUGAACUUGCUGGCUGUUGAAGAUUGGUUCCUCUGGGUUGUGAGAAUUCACAAACCGGAAAGUUCUUUUGUUGACUGGGAAGGGGAUGAGAGAGACAAGCGAGAUUCGCUAACAUGA